AUGACCACCAUCUCUCCAGACUCGUCUUUGGAGUCCUUGGAUCGUGUCCGCUAUACCCCCGACGAUUCGCUUUUAGCGGAAUCCCUCACGCUCUCUUCUUUGUCUUCAUCCACAUCGACUACCCCACCAAUUCCCGCUGGCUGCAUGGUCCCUCUUUCUGUAAUUAUCGACCACCACGAUGGUCCAGUAAUGUUUCACUCAAGUCCGACCAAAACUCCAUCAAAGGCGACCCUUACUGCUCCAACUCCCCCUCGUCUCCGUACUAUGAUGAAAGAGAAAUUGCUCAUUGAAACUUGGCUGGUCAAUAUGAAUGGUGUCGACCCCGACAUAGCUGGACACACGCCGUGGAGUGGCAUUCCCAUCGAAGAUCCUAUUCCCUGGAAAUCCGAAGGCUCUCUUCACACACCUCAGGCUUUCAAGUCCAGUAUCAGCUCAGCACGCCGCCAGACACCUACUCAAAUAGUUGUCUCCAAGCGCAAAUCAAACCGCAAUGCACUUGUUUUCGAGCGUGAAAUCAUCCUCCAAUCGAAUGAUGGCAAAGCAAAUCGGGUAUCUCUACAAGCGUCGAUGGAACCAGAGGUCGCUGCGAUCGUUUCGGAACUACAAGAUCUCAACUCUUUUUUCAAACAAGAACAGUCGUCGGCUCUCCCGCCCCCACCUUCUCUCAUCAUCUCUAACUCCCACUUCUCUCUCCCUGUCUCCUUUGAAUCACCCGCCAAACAAAUGCCCAAAUCAAGCAUCCCACUGGCUAUGCGACGAGGAAAGAUGCUUCCGCCUGUGUCCAUCAACUCGCUAUGUAAUCAAACGGAAUAUCCUGGCAUGCCCACAGCCUUUCUCGGUUCCCCUUCCACAUACUCGCCCAAAUUCGAAUUCGCCUCCCAGCCCCGACGACGUUCAAUGGACCUCAGAGAUAUGGUCACCAGUCUACGCUCUCAGUGUGCAUCUAUGGAACCUGCGAGACCAAUCGACACAAGAGCCAUUGAAGUCACUCCUCCUGGAACGCCACGGCCAGACGAUGAAUGGGCGUUUGCUGAUGGGAUCUUGGAUUUCUACAGCCCUUCUCCAUUUAAGUCAGAGUUUGUCAAAAAACCGCUGCGAGUCGAUUUAGUCGAGUAUGCUGCUGAAUCACUCUCAACGCGAUCUUCUUCACGUGCUGAGUCACUGGCCGUCAUUCCUUCGGCACCUCCUUCUACUCCUCUACCACCUUGUCCUCCUAUUCAGCGCGUUAGCGUGCGAAGUAUUCUGAAGAGCUCCAAGAGUGUUCGUUUUGCCGAAGAAGUUGAAGUCGAAAUCCCUAAGAAUCCAGCUCCCGAACCCUCUCCUCGAAAUUCGGCAUCGUCAAAGCCUCGUGAACUUCGGCCACGUUCAAUGUUGCAUGAUCCUCUGCGUUCACCUCCACCGAAGCCAUUACCCGUCUUGCGACCUCGGCCUCCUCAUCAAAGGAGGGCCACCACCCCUGCUUCAUUUGGCAGCAGCUCGAAUCCAGCGUCGUCCCCAAAUAAAAGUCGACUUUGUGUUACUAAUACCAACACUAAUAUCAACGCGAGCUCGGGUGGUUCCAUACCAGCAUCGUCAUCCACAGGCGGUCGACAUUCGCUCGGACGCGUUUUUGGGAAGGACAAGGAGAAUAAAGUCACCAAUGGGCGCUGGACUUUGAACGAGAAUGUGCUGAAGAGGGCCUCGAUCCACACCACGACUGCCAGUCCUGUGAAGAGUCGCAUGCCCGUUCCGCUGCGCAACAUUUUGACUCGAUUCAAAUAG